UGCGAAGACGUUGCGCCGUGGACGAUCGUGCGCGAUCGUCAGACACGAACGAACAGUUGUUCCGCUCGUCGUCGUCGUUGUUGCUCGCGGCGUCUGACGUUCGCGCGUUUUCGUAUUCGCGUUAUCGGCCAAGCGAUAACGCCGGCGGUUGUGAUCGGCCCCCGACAUUUUCAGCAUCGUCAGUCGUCUAUUGACAAUCAGUGUGCCGAUCACGCUAGAGUAACGCGUGAUCCGCUUUGUACGGUAGUGCACCUGCGCUCAAGAGGAGCUCAACCCGACCACCAAGAUGGCGGCCACGCAUCUCGACGUCGGCCUUCGCUGCAUCAAGUAUCUGCUAUGCGCGGUCAACUCUCUCUUCGUGUUGACGGGGGUGAUGAUAAUAUCGAUCGGCACGACGAUAUACGCAGUUUUCGAAAACUUUUCGCAAUUUCUGGACUCGAGUUACGUGUCACCAGCCACGCUUCUGAUCGUGGUCGGGAUACUCGUCUUCGUGAUAGCGUUUCUUGGAUGUUGCGGCGCGCUGAAGGAGAGCACUUGCAUGGUUCUGGUGUUCGCGUUUUCUCUGUCGAUUGUACUGAUACUGGAACUUGCCGCCGCGGUUGCCGCGUACGCUUUGCAGGACAACAUCAAAGAUUUUCUAGCCGACAAGAUCUCCACGACGAUGCACGAAUACGGAAAGAACGAGGAAGCAACGUUCGCAAUCGACUUUAUGCAAUCUAGGUUACGUUGUUGCGGAUACAACAACUAUCUGGAUUGGGACGAUAUACCGCUCAAUAACACGGACGUUCCUGAUUCUUGUUGCGCUUAUGUGGUGAUAGAUGAGAAUUCCUUUGUGGAUCGUUGUCAGAUCAAGUAUCAAGAAGGUUGUAUCAGCCGCUUGUCCAUUAUCAUUCAUCGUAGUGCGUUGUACAUCGGUACUGGAGCCGUAGCAAUCGCUCUUAUUCAGUUAACGGGAAUUAUGUUCGCUUGUAUGCUGGGCCGAGCAAUCAGGCGACAAAAAACGGAAAGAGAAAGACGUCGAUGGGAAUUGCGCGAAAAUCUUGUCAACGGUUACGAACCGCUGGGAAAAUCUGAUCCUUUUACUACGUUUCCCGUAGUGUACAUGUCGCCGGAUUACCCGUUGAAGGGCGUUCAAAAAUGUUAAUUUACACACACAAAAAAAAAACGAAAAACAAAUUUAUUAUUCCUACAACCCUCAGGAAGAGACGUUUAUAGAAGUAAAUUUUUAAUACCGUUUCUAUUAUUCUGUAAUAUAUAUAUAUGCGUUUAUACAAGAAUGAAUAUUUAUUCCUCUAUAGUUACCUUGUUAUAACGAAGUGAAUUAUAUUAUGGUGAAUAUAUAGAUAAAGAAACUGUUCUCUUAUUCCACAAAGUAAUUUUGUGAUUUGUACAAUUCUUAGAUUAAAAGUUAGUUACACAUGUACAAUCCAACUAUGGUUUGCUUUAAAAUAAUUUGUAUUUGAUUGUUGAAUUCAAAAUUUGCAUAUCGGAAAAAA